CUCAAAAUGGUCGAGUCACUCCGCAUCACCGAGCCUCGUCUCCUAACCGACAUCACAGCCAAACUUGCGACCCUCAACCUCUCAGCACCUGAACCACCACCAACGACACUCGUUCUGCUCCAACCCCUCGCCAACGCCGCCACACUCGCCGCAUGCCUCCCCACUUCCCGCUCAACUUCCACCCCAAACCUCCAAUACCUCGACAUCCAGCCACUCAGCCUAGCAUGGCGACAGGCCGUCAUCAAAGCCCCGCCGAUGCGGGAUCUUGUAUUUGAUCUCCCCCUCCCUCUUCCAAGCUCAACCCCUACAUCUUCCCCCGAAACCACCUCCACCUCCGGGGUUCAAGGCGGACUCCAAAAACUCUAUUGGGUCACGGCGGUCCCGCGCGAAGGCGGCCUUGCGGUCCCCACGAGAGAUGUGAUGACGCUUAUUGUCACGAUUGCGACGGGAAUCAGGAUGAGGGUGGGGGGCGACGUGAGGUUCGGGCUUGUGUUUGAUGGGAGGGAGGGGGUGACGGGACGGGCGAUGAAGUUGUUGAAGAAGCAGCUGGGGGCGUUG